AUGUCUGCUGUCAACCGAAGCCUGCGCACAGCCUCGAGAACACUGCGUAUCCAGCCCAGCAAGCUGCAGAGAACAGCUCCUCUAGCCCUCUCAGCAAAGGUCGGAGCUGCCCCUCGGUCAGCUUCAGCUUCUAGUUAUCUUGCGUCUGCCGCGGCAUCACGAACAAGCUCCUUCUCCACCACAGCUGCUCAACAAAGCGCACCGCCCGCAAUGCCUGCCGAAGGAAGAGAAUACGAUCCUGAAAUCAAGGACAUUGCUAGCUAUGUCCACAACACUCCGGUCGACUCUGACUUGGCUUUCGACACAGCACGAUGGGUAUUCCUCGACACAUUGGGCUGCGGUCUUGAGGGCCUUAGAUUCAAGGAAUGCACAAAGCUCCUGGGGCCAAUCGUCCCAGGCACUGUCGUUCCCAAUGGCCCCAAAGUCCCUGGCACCGACUUCCAACUGGACCCUGUUAAUGCCGCCUUCAACAUUGGUGCUAUGAUCCGAUGGCUCGAUUACAAUGACUGCUGGCUGGCUGCAGAAUGGGGACACCCUUCCGACAACCUAGGUGCCAUUCUGGCUGUCGCUGAUUGGAUCACGCGAACAAACAAGGCUGGUGGUAACCUCGCUGGCGGCAAGCAGUUCACCGUCAAGGAUGUCCUCGAGGCCAUGAUCAAGGCACACGAGAUCCAGGGUGGCUUGGCACUGCUGAACUCGUACAACAAGGUUGGUCUUGACCACGUCGUGCUCGUCAAGGUCGCCAGUACUGCCGUUGUCUCCAAGAUGCUCGGCUUGACCGAGAAGCAGACUGCUGAUGCUGUCACCCAAGCUUGGGUUGACGGCCAAAGCUUGCGAACCUACCGUCACUCCCCCAACACCAUGUCGCGAAAGUCCUGGGCCGCUGGUGAUGCCUGUCAACGUGCUGUCAACUUGGCCCUCAAGGUUCUCAAGGGCGAGCCUGGCAUUCCUACCGUUCUCUCGGCACCUGUCUGGGGCUUCUAUGACGUCUUGUUCAAGGGCAAGAAGUUCGAGUUCCAGAGACCAUACACGAGCUACGUCAUGGAGAACGUCCUCUUCAAGGUUUCCUACCCUGCCGAGUUCCACUCUCAAACCGCUGUCGAGGCAUCGGAGAAGAUCCACGCCAUCUUGAAGGAGCAGGGCAAAUCCGCCGCCGACAUCAAGGGUGUUACUGUCCGAACACACGAGGCCUGCGUUCGCAUCAUUGACAAGCAGUUCAAGCCCAUGGACAACUUCGCCGACCGUGACCACUGCAUUCAGUACAUGAUGUCCGUCAUGCUUGUGUUCGGUCGUCUCGAGGCCACCGACUACACUGACGGUGGCGAGGCUGCCACUUCCGAGCUGGUCGAGUCUCUUCGCCAGAAGAUCAAGUGCGUCGAGGACCCACAGUUCACCAAGGACUACCAUGACCCUGCUCUCCGAACCAUCUCUAAUGCUCUGACGGUUGAGCUCAACGAUGGCACUGUCCUGGACGAGGUUGUUGUUGAGGCUCCCCUCGGCCACAGACUACGAAGAGAAGAGGCCAAGCCCCACAUCCUCGAGAAGUACAAGAGACAUCUUGGACACCACUUCUCCGAGAACAAGGUCAAGGACUUGGUUGCCCUUGGCCUCGAUGGCAAGAAGUUGGAGUCCUACCCUAUUGACGAGUAUGUUGAUCUGUAUACCGUCAAGGACAGCAAGUUCUUCUAA